AUGGAUGAUAUCUCGAGUAGGGAUGGGUACGACGCAGAGGAGUGGCGAAGGAUACGCGACGCCGAGACGCCGGAAGACGAGUGUCACGAGUUACCUCAGAGCGAUUACUGGGGACCACAACCUCUGACUCAGUCGGUCGAGGGAGUAUCGAUCACCGUCGCGCGAGAUUGCUGCGAGCUGUGCAAGAAGACGGCUAAAUGUCAGUUUUGGAGGCACGAUCCCGCCAAGCCGAACGAGUGCUUCACCGGGACUCUGAUAAAUGAUUAUCUCCCUCCGAUGUACGGUGAAGAGCACAACAGAAAGACAACGAGUGGAGUAUUAUAUCCGAAGAAGUCAAGGUAUGACGCAGAGAGCACAGAAUUGAAGACAUGCGUGCAUACGAUGAUUACGAGUAACGGCUCGCCGUAUAUGAAUUGGCAGACGCGUGUGUUCUACCAGACUUGGAAGAAAGCAGCGAGCGAAAAGGAUAGCGUUUUACGACAUUUCACUAGAAUUUUGCAUCGUUCAACAGAUGAUAGCUUGAUGGAUCUCGUCCCGACAUGGCGCGCCGAUCCAACGCACGUUGAAUGCGAUAAUUCUUGCGACUACGCGGUGAAGGAUCGCGCGCGAGCCAUCGCUGAAUGGAUGAAGUCGGACGAUUCUAGGCGAUGUUCGCACAUCUUGAUGGCGGAAACCGAUUAUUUGUUUAUUCGUAGCCCACCACCGAGCGUCUUGCUCGCCAAGGGUAUUUCGUACGGAUUUUUGUUCGGGUAUAUUGUACCUUCGUACCCGGACGCCAAGGAGGCGUCGGUGUUGUUGCACGAUGUGUCGAAGGAUGGCCCGUUGAAGGACGUUUACCAAACUGGGAAUGCACCUCAGUGUAUACAUCGAGAUGAUUUAGAGCGUGUCGCGCCGGUGUGGGCGGAUAAAGUCGAGUUCGGGGAGUCGAACGAGGUCGUUAAGAGAGUGUUUGGAUGGGUAAGAGACAUGUAUGCUUGGUCCUUCGCCGCGGCGGCAGUACGACCGAAGCUUGAGUUCGAGCUCCCACCCGUACCGUUCCAGAAACUUAUGAUACAACCACCUGCCGAUAUCGCGAUUGGCCAGAGUUCGGUGAUGCACUACACAUGGGGCGCCAUCAUUUCGAACAAAGAGGACCACGAGGUCUGGAGAUUCGACAAGCGCGAAUACCUCGGCUCGUGGGACUCUCUGAAGAAAAUCGAACCGCUCCCACCCUGGGACGCCGAGCAAGAAUUCAAACUUCAAGACAAAAAACGAAUCCAAAAGUCACAGUACGAGGUAUUGGACAAAAUGGUGGAGAUUUUCAACGAAGCUGUCGACGCCGUCGUCGCAGGCGACGGGUAA